UUUUCUGGCUCUGCAACUCUCCUAGGAGCUAUAAUAAUGGCGGAUUCUUCGUAGCCUACAAAGACUUCAACUUUCCCUCUUCUUCCGCGCAGCCUUUUCGUUAUCUCAUUACUCGCAAAAAUGCGUUCAAAGGACAAAAUAUCCUACUUUUACGAUGGAGAUGUAGGGAGCGUUUACUUUGGUCCUAAUCAUCCAAUGAAACCGCACCGGCUUUGUAUGACUCACCAUUUGGUUCUUGCCUAUGACCUCCAUAAGAAAAUGGAAAUUUAUCGUCCCCACAAGGCUUACCCCGUUGAACUCGCUCAGUUCCAUUCUGCUGAUUAUGUUGAGUUUUUAAAUCGAAUUACGCCAGAUACGCAGCACUUGUUCUCGAAGGAAUUGGCGAUAUACAAUCUUGGAGAAGACUGCCCUGUAUUUGAGAACUUGUUUGAAUUUUGUCAAAUUUAUGCUGGUGGAACAAUAGAUGCUGCACGAAGGUUAAACAAUAAACUAUGUGAUAUUGCUAUAAAUUGGGCCGGUGGUUUACAUCAUGCCAAGAAGUGCGAGGCAUCUGGCUUUUGUUACAUCAAUGACUUGGUGUUGGGAAUCUUGGAGCUUCUUAAGUAUCAUACCCGUGUUUUGUAUAUUGACAUAGAUGUCCAUCAUGGUGAUGGCGUUGAAGAAGCCUUUUAUUUCACUGACAGGGUGAUGACUGUUAGUUUUCACAAGUUUGGAGAUAUGUUUUUUCCUGGAACUGGUGAUGUGAAGGACAUAGGAGCAAGAGAAGGGAAGCUUUAUGCCAUAAAUGUUCCACUCAAGAAUGGAAUUGAUGACACUAGCUUCAUUAGAUUGUUUAAGACAAUUAUAUCCAAGGUUGUUGAAAUGUAUCAACCAGGCGCAAUAGUUCUUCAAUGUGGGGCAGAUUCUCUUGCCGGGGAUCGGUUGGGCUGUUUCAAUCUCUCAAUUGACGGACAUGCUGCGUGUGUUAGAAUUGUGAAGAAAUUCAACCUACCUUUACUGGUUACUGGUGGCGGAGGGUAUACAAAAGAAAAUGUUGCACGUUGUUGGACUUUUGAAACAGGAGUUCUCUUAGAUACAGAACUUCCUAAUGAAAUCCCAGACAAUGAGUACAUCAAAUAUUUUGAACCAGAGUGCUUGUUGAGUAUUCCAAAUGGGCACAUAGAGAAUUUAAAUAGCAGAUCAUAUCUUAGUACAAUCAAGAUGCAAGUGUUGGAAAAUCUUCGUUCCAUCCAACAUGCUCCAGGUGUACAGAUGCAAGAGGUUCCACCUGAUUUCUAUAUUCCUGAUAUUGAUGAAAAAGAGCAAAAUCCCGAUGAGCGCAUGCACAAGCACACCAAAGACAAGCAAAUUCAGCGCGAUGAUGAAUACUAUGAUGGUGACAAUGAUAAUGAUUCAUGACACUGACAUGUGAAGGUAGAGUUGGCAUAUUUUUGUUAGGUAGUAUUAGGUCAUACUGUGUAGGAUAUGUUGCAAUCAAAAUUUAGCUAACUCCAAAAUCAAAGAGAAAAUUGUGGAAGGAACCGCAGUAUAAUUGUUCAUAUUUUGUUUCCAAGAUGUCUUUGGCUAAUUGGCUGUAUGUAGUCUCUCACACCUCUGAUGGAUUUGAUCGAGCACAGUGUUUAGCAUUUUACUAUACGCCAUACAAUUUUAAAUUCUUGC